UAGGGCCCCAAUCUUGAAACAGCUUACAACAAUACCAAAUAAAAACAAAGUGUUCUUUUUUUCAUUCUUUAUAUCUAAUAUCAUCAGACAGUCACAUGACUUAUCUCACAUGACCGGGGCUUAUGACCGGCUGAUACAAAACAACGGGAGAAGAAAUCGGGGACAAGCAUUAGAUUUUGAAGACGUUAUCUUACAAUACGAAUCAAGUAUCAUCUGCUAUGAGGCUGUUGUUACUAUUCACGACCAGCCUGGUUGGCACACUUCUGGCUGACCCUUUAUACUUUGUACCUAGAGACCAGGUGGCUUCUGUAUCAUGUGGUAGUGGAGAGUACCAAUGUCCUGAUGGAUCUACAUGCUGUGUGAUGCAGUCCGGACACUGGGGAUGCUGUCCAAUGCCUGAGGCGCAAUGCUGUAGUGACAAGUUACACUGCUGUCCAAAAGGGGCAACUUGUGGCAGUGGGGGUACAUGUACCAGGGAUGGGGAGACAUUCAAAGCAUCUAGGAAAUCCCUGGCCCAACAAACACAAAGAAAAAUCUCAAGAGCUCAAAUAGACUCUGAAAUGGUUCAUAACGAAGUUCAAGUAAUGGCAGAAAACAUAGUGUGCCCUGGAGGUACAUCUAUGUGUCCUGAUGGCAGCACAUGUUGUAAACUCUCAUCUGGACAAUAUGGAUGUUGCCCAAUGCCAAAAGCUGUUUGCUGCUCUGAUGGCGUCCAUUGUUGUCCCUCGGGAACAACUUGUGAUGUGUCAGCAGGAAAAUGUAACCGUGGCAACAGUUUUACAGAGUGGUU